GUUGACUACUCUUUCACUGAAACAUCUUUGGAUCAUGAGCAAUCAUCCGUAGACACGUGAUCCUGUCCCCUCACAUUCGCCGUAGAGACCCACGUGAGUACGUGACCAUCCUUCAGAUCUCUGAUCCAUCACAAAGACUAUUCCUUUCUUCCUCCUUCCAUCAUCAUCACUUCAAUGGCGACGAUGAGCAAAACCCAUAGGUCCAAACCCACUCACGGAUCCAAAAGACUCGUCCUUUUAUCUCUCCUCGCCGCCGCCGCAUUGCUCCUCCUCCUUUUCUCCUCGUCCUUCUCCACCAGAGGAUCCGGUCUAGUUGAUUACUUCUCGAGGUCUUCUCGCACCAAGAGACAACACAGCUUGUCGGACAAGUACUUGUACUGGGGAGACAGAGUCGAUUGUCCCGGCAAGAACUGCGAGAGCUGCGCUGGUUUGGGCCACCAAGAGUCCAGCCUUAGAUGCGCUCUCGAAGAAGCCAUGUUUCUCAACAGGACGUUCGUUAUGCCUUCUCGUAUGUGCAUCAAUCCGAUACAUAACAAGAAAGGUUUACUUAACGGAUCCGACAAUGAAAGUUGGGAAGUGAGUUCUUGUGCGAUGGAGUCAUUGUAUGACGUUGACCUCAUCUCUGAGAAGAUCCCUGUGAUCUUGGACGACUCGGAGACGUGGCACAUUGUGCUAUCGACAGGUAUGAAGCUGAAGGAGCGUGGGAUUGCGCAUGUGAGUGGAGCUAGUAGGCGUGAGCUUAAUGACUCUAGCCACUAUGCAAAUCUUUUGCUCAUUAACCGAACCGCAAGUCCUCUCGCAUGGUUUGUUGAGUGCAAAGAUAGAAUUGAUCGUAGCAACGUCAUGCUUCCUUAUUCGUUUCUGCCGAGUAUGGCAGCACCAAGAUUGAGAAAUGCUGCAGAAAAGAUAAAAGCACAACUUGGUGACUAUGAUGCAAUCCAUGUUCGUCGAGGUGACAAACUAAAAACAAGAAAAGACAGGUUUAACGUUGGAAGAACACAGUUUCCGCAUUUAGACAGAGACACACGCCCAGAGUUUAUCAUGAGCAGGAUACAGAAGCAGCCACCAGGGAGAACUCUUUACAUCGGUUCUAAUGAGAGAACCCCUGGAUUCUUCUCUCCUCUCUCUGCCAGGUACAAAGUGGCUUAUUCGUCGAAUUUCAGUGAGAUUUUAGAUCCUAUAAUCGAGAACAAUUAUCAGUUAUUCAUGGUGGAGAGGCUGGUAAUGAUGUGUGCAAAGACAUUCUUCAAGACGUUUAGAGAGUAUGAAACGGAUCUUACUUUAACAGAUGAUCCAAAAAAGAACAAGAACUGGGAGAUACCAGUUUACACCAUGGACCAAGACAAGGAAGAACUAAAGACUACGCAUUGAUCCAGACAAGAGUCACAAAUUUGCGUAUGUAUAAUGUGUAACCAGAGGCAGAGUUAUUUGAGCAUUUUUUUUCUUGCUUCCUGGUCUGUUUGUUAUGUUUAUGUAUAUCAACUCAUUAAUAAUAGUUUAUAGCAAGUUU